AUGGAUAGAAUUGACGAGCUCUGUAGUAUGAUGCAGACUGUAAUGAAGAAAUUGGAGACGCUUGAACUGAUCAAAGACCGAAUUUUAUCCGUCGAGCAAGAUGUCAAAAGUCUAAAAGAGUCAAUCAAUUUUGCUCAUGCAGAACUAGACGACCUCAAAAAAGAAACGAAGGAAAGAAAAGAGGCUGAAGACGAAAGAGAAAUAAAGAUCAAAAUCUUAGAAGAUUCUAACCGGCGGCUUCAAGAAAGUGUCAUUGACCUCAAAGCGCGAUCGAUGCGGGAUAACUUACUAUUCCACAAUAUUCAAGAAAGCGAUAAAGAAGAUUGUACCGAUAUAAUCUUCAAAUUGUUAGAAGAAAAACUAGAGAUGCCUGAUGCAAGAAGAGAGAUCAAAAUCGACCAAGCGCAUCGAGUUGGCAGGAAACGUGACGACCGACGGAAGCCAAGAGCAAUUGUCGCAAAGUUUAAUUUUUUUCCUGACCGAGAGAAGAUCCACUAUAACACAAAAAAAUCGAAGGGAACACAGAUCGGAAUCUCCAAGCAGUUUCCAGAGGAGAUCGAGAAAGUUCGACAAACAUUAUAUCCGGAGAUGAGAAGAGCAAAGGCGGCUAAUCAAAGAGUGCGUCUGGUUGGUGACAAACUUUUUAUAAACAAUGUGGAAUUUAUUCCCCGACAUAAUUAA